AAAAAAGCUGUCAGCUCCGGACAGAAAGAGAAGAAAAGGAACAGAGCACAGAACUGCGCACAGUUGCAGAUGUGAGAGCCCCAGCUUUGGUUGGCAAUAAAAGGGCAUUAUUGGUACCUGAGUCCGUGUAGGUGCUUCUCAUUCUCUAAUGGGAUCCCCUGCUUUCUCUGAUUUGUAACACAGACGCUUCCUUAUAAAGCUGAAGCUUUUUUGGAGAUUGAAAAUGGGUCUGAGCAGACCUCACAAGGCUGGCAAUGGCGUCUCCACCAGAUGGGUUCUUGGCCUCUGUAUCGCCAGCUUCAUCUUGGGUGUUCUUGUUGUCAACAGGUUCUGGGCUAUUCCUGAUCCAGUUACAAUGGACAGAGAGGCUUCAUCAGUUGAGCAACAUGAAUCAAGACCUCUCCAUCCCAUAGACAACUGUGAGAAGAAGGAUGCUUCUUUUCAGACAGGGGACAUCCUAUCUCAAGUUUCACAAACACACGAUGUAAUAAUGACAUUAGAUAAAACAAUCUCCUCAUUAGAGAUGCAGCUAGCUGCAUCUAGAGCUUCCAAAGUUAACAAUGAGGAAGGAUCUCCAAUAGUUACAAAAUCGGGAAGUGAGCAAUUUAAGGAGCGUCAGAAGGUUUUCUUUGUUAUGGGAAUCAUUACUGCAUUCAGCAGCAGAAAGCGACGAGAAUCAAUCAGAGAGACAUGGAUGCCCCGAGGGGAAGGGUUAAGGAAGUUGGAAACAGAUAAGGGAAUUAUAAUUCGAUUUGUCAUUGGACACAGUGCAACUCCAGGUGGUGUACUGGAUCGUGCUAUUGAUGCAGAAAAUGAGCAAAACAAGGAUUUCUUACGUCUGAAUCAUAUUGAAGGAUAUCAUGAAUUGUCCUCAAAAACUCAAAUAUACUUUUCAACAGCUGCCGCUAAGUGGGAUGCUGACUUCUAUAUCAAAGUCGAUGAUGACGUGCACAUAAAUCUUGGUAUGGUUGGUUCGACCUUGGCCCGGCAUAGAUCAAAGCCACGCGUUUAUAUUGGUUGCAUGAAGUCUGGACCUGUCCUGUCACAGAAAGGAAUAAAAUACCAUGAACCAGAAUACUGGAAAUUUGGUGAGGAUGGAAACAAGUACUUUAGGCAUGCGACAGGGCAAAUAUAUGUGCUCUCCAAGGAUUUGGCUACAUAUAUUUCAGUUAAUCGGCACAUACUUCAUAAAUAUGCAAAUGAAGAUGUCUCUUUGGGUUCUUGGUUUAUCGGCCUUGAUGUUGAGCACAUUGAUGACCGGAGCCUCUGCUGUGCAACGCCGCCUGAUUGCGAGUGGAAGGCUCAAGCAGGAAAUCCUUGUGCUGCAUCCUUUGACUGGAGCUGCAGUGGCAUUUGCAGAUCAGUGGAAAGAAUGGAGGAGGUGCACCAACGCUGUGGGGAGGGCGAUGAGGCUAUCUGGCACACCAGUUUCUGAGACAAGUCUCUGUUCAUUGUAAUAUAUGUGAGAUCAAAUGGUGGUUUAUUUAGACAACUCAAUCUGCCCCAUUUUUGUUUAUUGAGGCCUCGGGACAGUCGGUAUAUGAUUGAUUGAAUUACUCACUGCACAUAGAGAUUUUCAUGCUCAGGAAAUAUGAUCCAAGUUUUUUUUGUUCCAA